AUGACCAUCAAUAUGGAUGCUAUGAUACAGCAUGGGAAACAGCAAAACCUGUCCAUCUCAACAGCGAAAAGUUCACUGUUUGGCUGCCAGUCAGAGAGAUUUCGCAAAGGAUUUGUAUCUCGUAAGAAAACUCUUAAUCCGUUGCUACAAUCUAUAGUGUUUAAGGCGUUACGGAAAUCAGUGGCUGGAAAAAAAUCUGAUCCCAGUAUCAUGUAUUCCUCUGAUGAAUUGCUUAAACUGGCUAAGGGAUCCCACGGCAAUAUUUUGUUUUCCCCGUUCGGCAUCACGGCAGGCCUCGGGAUGGUGUGCGCCGGAGCCAAAGGAAAGACGAAAGAUGAAAUAAAAUCCGUUCUACAUUUGUCCCAGAAGAGUGAGACGGCUCAUAAAGCCUUCAGAGAUGUCAUUAUCGAUUUUAAGAACAACGAUGAACAUUAUGAAUUAAGAACGUCCAACCUAGUUUGUCUGCCUGACACAUUGUCUGUGUUACCAGAUUACUCCGCUGUUCUAUCCGAUAUGUAUCAGAGCUCUGUCAAAGGCGUGAACUUUGCUGAUUCCAACGCAGCUGUGCAAGAGAUCAACCGAGAUGUCAAAUCUGCAACGAAUUCUCGCAUUACGGAUUUGAUUCCAGAAGGAGUUUUAAAUGACGACACAAGAAUGGUGCUAGUAAAUGCUCUCUACUUCAAGGGAUUAUGGAGCAAAGAAUUCAAGAAAUCGAAUACAAUAAAGGCCACGUUUUGGGUUUCGCCCAAACAGAGUGUAAAAGUUCCUAUGAUGAGAAGUUCUGGUUACUUCAAUCAUGGUACUUGUGGUGACAUCGGAGCUUCUGUGUUGAGUAUGAAUUACAAGGGAGGGAAUUUAAGCAUGGUAAUUGUGCUUCCAUCUGAGCGCGACGGACUGGCCAAAGUGGAGGCGAAGUUGGCCAAAACAGGCUUCGUCAGCAGCCUCGAAAAGACCAUGAAGAACAAACUGGUAGAUGUUGUCUUUCCCAGGUUUGAGAUCGAGGAGACGGUGCAUCUCAAAGAUCAUCUGUGGAUAAUGGGGGCGAGGAAUCUGUUCGACGGAAAGGCCUGCGACCUGUCGGGCAUCACGGGUGACCGGCGGCUCAGCGUCUCCUUCUUCUUCCACAAUGCGGCCUUGAAGGUGGACGAGGAAGGCGGAGGCGGGGAAGCAUCGACGUGCGUAGAAUCGUCUUUAUUACGCGUCCACCAAACACUGAGUUUCAGAGCAGAUCAUCCAUUCAUAUUCUACAUUCGAGAUGACACUUCAGGCUUCAUGCUGUUUGCUGGCAGAGUCACCGACCCUUUGAGUUAA